AUGAAUAAUAUUACGUCCUGUCAACUUGUGUGCCUUCAGAAAACGCAUGAUGCUAUCGAUCUGCCACACGGUGCGACAGUUGUCAUCGGACGCAGUCCACAAACAAAGAUUACAGAUCCACGAUGUUCACGGACUCAGCUCGAAAUAACCGCCGAUUGGCAACAUCAGAAUGUUAGCGUCAAGCAGAAGGGGUUAAAUCCUACAGCAGUUGAUGGGAAAGACAUUGGUUCAGAUUCUGUGGUCACAAUGGGCGUUGAUUCCACCCUCUUUAUUUUGUCUGGUCUGUUUCCACACAAAGUUGUUUUCAAAGGUAAUCAAGACAGCACUGUAGAAAAACAGUCAGACAGUCGACAUACAAACAGUUCAAACACAGAUAAUGACCAGAAGAUAGAGAAUAGAAAGAAAGAAACACAGAAUGUAAAUUCACCAGGCAGCAUGAUCAAUUCGGGUAAAAAGGAAAGAACAGAAAAAGAGUUUACUAGGAAAGAUGCACAUAGUACUCCUACAACAAACAGUAAAACACAUACACAGUCAUCCACUAAACAGCAUAAGACAAUUUUAGCCUCAAAACGGCACAGUGAUGAUUCUGAUGCAAAGCAACCUGUUGAGAAAAAGAUGAAGAUUGAAAGUAAGACAAAUGGAAAUGGAGAACACAAAAGUGGCUCGUCUUCCAAACAUAGUGGAUCACGUGUUCAUGCGAGUGCAACUACCAAAGAAGCCAGUCGUGCAGAUUUAGUCAAACCAAAACACAUAGACAGUUCUAGUAGAGACUCCCAUGAUAGUAACGAUUCCAUGGACCAUGAUGGUGAUAAACACCUCGCAGAUGUGAAUGAAAAACUGAAGAAAAUGAAGCAAGAUGCUGCAAAUAACACCAAGACCAAUCCUAAGAAAACAGAAAAGGUUUUAACCCCAGGAUCAUCCACAUCGUCGUCUCCAUCUUCAUCACACGGCUUAAAGAAACCCUCUGAAUCAUCAAAAUCUGGGGGGAAAGCACCGUCUGUCCCAUCAGAUAAACCCAUUUGGGAAAAUAAUGUAGACCAUUUUGUCUUUACUUCAAAAGGAGUUGUUCCCAGGAGUAAAAUUGCAGGAUUUGACCUUGAUGGAACAAUUAUUGCAACCAAAUCAGGAAAAACUUUUCCACAAGAUGCAGAUGAUUGGAAAAUAUAUGUGCCAGAAGUUUUUAACAAAUUGAAAGAUUUGCAAAAAAAAAAAUACAAAGUAGUUUUCUUUACAAAUCAGCUUGGUGUAGCCAGGCGCAAAACAAAGAUUGAAGACCUAAUGAAAAAAAUUGAAAACGUGGUGGCAAAGUUGCAAGUUCCUGUCCAGGUUUUCAUAGCCACUCAUGAAGGCAGGUAUCGGAAACCUAUGACUGGCAUGUGGGAGCAGCUUGAGAAUCAGUAUAAUGGGAGAGUGAGCAUUGAUCUUGCAUCCAGUUUUUAUGUAGGUGACGCUGCCGGAAGACUAGAUAAAUGGGCUCCAAAGAAAAAGAAAGAUUUUUCAUGCAGUGAUCGCCUCUUUGCUUUAAACAUUGGCAUAGCCUUCAAAACACCUGAAGAGUUUUUCCAAGACCAGAAACCAACAUCUUUAUUUAAAAUGCCAGAUUUUGAUCCAAGAAAAUUGAAUUCAGAUGCAAAACUACUGAAUGGAGACAGCAAGCUUACAUCAGAUUCUAAAGAGACAAUUAUCCUUGUUGGAUUUCCAGCUAGUGGGAAAUCUCACUUUGCUACAAAUGUGAUGGCUUCAAAGGGAUACAAAGUAGUCAAUAGAGAUAGUCUUGGUUCUUGGAAGAAAUGUGUCAAACAUGCUCAAGAAGCAUUAGUAAACUCCAGCGUAGUGAUAGACAACACAAAUUUAACUAAAGAUGAGCGGUCAAGAUACGUCAUGUGUGCCAAGAAGGCUGGUGUUCCUUGCAGAUGUUUUGUGUUUACCACAACAGUGGAGCACUGCAGACAUAACGAGAGGUUUCGACAGAUGAUAACCAAGUCUCACGAGAAGAUCAACGAAAUGAUUUUCAAUCAGAUUAAAAAGAAAUAUGAGGAGCCAAGCAUGACUGAGGGUUUCACCGAGAUUGUGAACGUUAAUUUUGUGCCUCGUUUUUCUUCCAGAGAAGAGGAAGCAACAUAUAGAAAGUUUUUACUUGAAAAGUAG